AUGGGAUCCCUACUUGGCAGUUAAGCUAAGUCUUAUGAUUAAGAUAGAAUUUUUACUGCUUUUCAAGACGAAGAAGCUUUGAAACAUAAACAUUAGCAUCUUAACGAAAGCAACUCUAAAAAGUUUCCAUCUAAUUUCAUUAAAACUUCUAGGUAUACAGCAGUUUCAUUCUUACCUAUGAGCUUAUUGCUCUAAUUUUAGAGAUACGCAAAUAUUUACUUUUUAGUUACUGCAAUUCUUCAAUGCAUUCCCCAAAUAUCUCCUUUGAGCCCUUUUGUUGCAGUUGCUCCUCUUAUUUUUGUACUUGCUGUUUCUAUGGCUCGUGAAGGAUAUGAAGAUUAUCAAAGACACAAGAGUGAUAAUGAAUAAAAUUUUUCAGCAAAAACAAAGAGAGUCCUCCAAGAUAGAGGUGAGGAAGAUGUAGCUUGGGCUAAUGUCCAUGUUGGAGAUAUUCUACAUAUUUAUCAAGAUGAAUGCUUUCCCACUGAUCUACUUGUAUUAGGAAGUAACCUAGGUGGUGUGUGCUAUAUCGAAACAGGUGCACUUGAUGGUGAAAAAAAUUUAAAGCCAAAGUCAGCCAUUAAUGAAACUUCAUCAUAUUUCUCCACAAAAGAAGAUAACGUUGCUACAUUAUCAACAGGAAAUCUAUUUACCAACAAAUAAACAAACUUUAAUUUAACCAUAAAAGCUAAUAAACCAGAUUAGGAUCCUAAUCACUUUAUUGGUAGUAUAGGAUUUUAGCUACAAAAUGACAAUAAUCCUUAAAGUGCCAAGCAAAUCCCUGCAGAUUCUACUUAAUUUGUACCAAGAGGUGCAUUCCUAAGAAAUACAGAAAGUAUUUAUGCUGUAGUUGUUUAUACAGGUAUGGAUACAAAAAUUAUGAAAAAUGCAGAAGAGGGAAAAGCAAAAUCGAGUGACAUGGAAGCAAAAAUGAACAAAUUCAUUCUAGGAAUUCUUAUUUUCUAGUUUUUAUGUUGUUUUGUGAUGAGUUCUUGCUCAUAUUACUGGCUAGAUAAAAACCAUAUAUAUUAUCCCUAUCUUGACUUGGACAAAGAUGGUCUUUCCUAUAUUUCUCAAUCUGUUUUAGUCUAUUUCUCUUAUUUUAUUCUUUUUAAUACAAUGAUUCCAAUUUCACUUGUUGUUUCACUUGAAAUGGUUAAGGUCCUACAAUCAUACUUCAUUACAAAUGAUUAUGAAAUGUAUUCUCACCACAAUUAGAGAUGGCCAAGAGUACUCACAUCUACAAUUAACGAAGAACUAGGUUAGGUUGAAUAUGUCUUUUCUGAUAAGACAGGUACUCUCACUCAAAAUUAAAUGCAAUUUAAAAUGGCUGUAAUAGGUAACACUCUUUAUGGUGAAAAAGCUGCUUAAAAAAAGAAAGCCGCUGUAUAGCCUUCUAAACAAUAAAAAAGUAACACCAAAUAGCAUCAACAUACAGAAUUUGUUUUUGAAGAUGAUAAUUUAACUAAUCUCCUUUCAAGAAAAGCUGAAAAGUCUUAGAAUCCUCCAGUUAACAUCACUCUUAAAUCAAAGGAUGGCAAAGCUACUUACACUAUUCCUAGCUAGUACGAACUAUCAAGAGAAUAUUUCAAAAAUUUAGGUUUAGCUCAUGAAUGUAUUGUAGAGAAAAAUAAGGAUCCUAAUGAUACAAAUUAUUAUUACUAAGGUCCCUCUCCGGAUGAAAUCACUCUAGUUGAUGCUGCGUAUCAUAUGGGAUUUACAUUUGUUGGAAAAACUAGUAACAAACUUAUGAUGAAUUUGACAGAUACAGCUGGAAAAGAAGGCUAAUAAGAAUUUACUAAAAUUAAUGUUUUCGAAUUUAGCAGUGCGAGAAAACGUAUGACUCUUUUAUUAGAAGAUAAUGGAGUUUAUAAAAUGUACGUUAAGGGUGCUGAUAAUGUGAUUAAAGAGCGUCUCGAUAAGGGUAUCCAUUAGCCAUACUUAGAUUUUGCAGAUAAAAAGUUAACAGAAUUUUCUCUUGUUGGUUUACGUACUUUAUUGAUUGGUUUUAAAAUUCUCUCCAAAGAUGAAGUUGAUGCAUUUGUCAAUAAAUAUAACAAUUUGGCUAACUCUGCAAAUAGAAAAGAAGACUUAGAGAAAUUAGCUGAUGAAGUAGAAUAAGGGUUUUUCUUAUUAGGAGCAACAGCUGUGGAAGAUAAAUUGUAAGAUGAUGUCCCAGAAACUAUUCAUGAUCUACUUCGUGCCAAUAUUAAAGUAUGGAUGCUUACUGGUGAUAAAUUAGAGACAGCUGAAAAUAUUGCAAAAAGCUGUAAGCUUAUUCUAGAAGAUUUUGAAUUACUUGUUAUGAGUGAUAAAAAUCCUAAAGUUAUCCGUAAAGAAAUGACAGAAAUCCUAUGGAAAAGAUUUAAAAAACUGAAAGAAGAUAAAGUUCGUAAAUGCUUUUUAGUAGAAGGUGAUUGUCUAAAGGUCAUAUUUGAAAAAGGUAAUGAAGAUAUCAAAAAAAAAUUUGUUUAAAUUACCAAAGAUUGCGAAAGUGUUGUAUGCUGCAGAGUAUCUCCAGUCUAAAAAGCAUAAGUAGUUAGAUCUAUAAGAGAAGGACUUAACAAAAUCACUUUAGCAAUUGGUGAUGGAGCCAAUGAUGUUAACAUGAUUCAGGCAGCCCACAUUGGAUGUGGUAUAUAUGGUAAUGAAGGUAUGCGUGCAGUAUAAAGCAGUGAUUUCGCUUUUGGAUAAUUUAAAUGCUUAUGGAGACUUCUUUUUGUACAUGGAAGAUGGUCAUACAUUAGAAUCUCUGAAAUGAUUGUCUAUUUCUUCUAUAAAAACAUGAUUUUUACUAUUCCUUAGCUUUAUUUUGCUUUCUUUAGUGGCUUUUCUGCACAAAGUAUCUUUGAUGAUUACUAUAUAUCUAUGUAUAAUCUUAUUUUUACUGCUCUACCCUUAAUCAUUAGAGCUAUUUUUGAUUAAGACGUAAACUACAUGUACAUAUAGUACGAUAGAAAACUUGUAUAAACAGGAGAUGAAAAUGAAAAGAGAAGAUUAUAAAAGCUUAUAAAUAAACGUAAAGACUAUAUUAGAGAUAGAUUACCCAAUCUCUAUUAUUUAGGUCAAAAGCAAUAACUUUUUUCAACAAGAAUAUUCCUUGAGUGGUUAAUUUAAGGUAUUGUACAUGGUAUAUUCAUAUUCUUUGGUAGCUAUUUCACAGUAGGUAAUAUAACAUUAGCUUCUGAUGGCUAUACCUCAGAUAUGUGGUCAUUCUCAUUAAUUAUAUUCACAUCUGUUGUAUUUAUUGCUGAUCUUAAGUUAGCUAUUUACACAAGGUACUGGACUUUAAUAAAUUAUUUAGCCUUCUACAUCACAAGUAUAGGUCUCUACAUAGCUGCCUUCUUUAUCACUGGUGUUUUGUAUAACAGUUAUGUUUAUGAAACACCAAACUAUUUGGUAUAAACACCUCAUUUCUAUCUAGUUAUUUUCUUCAUAGUAGCAGGAAUAUUUGCAUUUGAUAUGUUUGUCUAUGCUUCUAAAGAAUUAUUCCAUAAUAAGACAAAAGAAAAAGCCCUUAGAAGGCUAAUGAAGGAGCAGCCUAAGAAGAGUAAUGAAAAUAAAUGGAUUUUCUAAGGCUCAGCAAUCGAAUUAGAGAGUAACUUGAACAGCUUUAAAGACAAAUUUGAUGAGGAAAGCUAAAUCAUGCUCAGUGCAAUAAAUUUAAAUAAAAAAGAUGAAAAAUAAUACAUCGAACCCUAAACUAUCUUCAUGAAUGGUUAAGGAAACAAAGGUACUGAAGUUUAAUUUUUGUCCAGCUCAAACUAAGAUUGUAAAAAAAAUAAUAAUACUCUGCCUAAGAGCACAAUCAAAGAAAAUGUCAGUGGUCAUCAUCUUUAAGUUUAAACUUCCCCUACUCCAUUAUAUAAUAAUAUUUAAAAUACACCAAACUCAAAUAGGAAUGGUGAUGAAUUAAUUUAAUUUACAUUCACUGACAGCAAUGAUGAUGAUUACGAUAUUUAUUAUAAAUAAUAAUUCAAUUUUAAUACGGAUUUAUAACCCUAAACUAUAUAAAAAGUUGACGAGAGGAAAGAUAACAAUAUAGGAUUGCCACCUUCUAAAUAAUUCCAUUCUAAGCAAGAAAUUGAAUUAGAUGACUGA